UUAUUCGCGCUUCGCGCUUCGCGGUCCUCGUUCCUUCUCCCCCUCCUCCUCGUCCUCCUAUUCUCCCUUUGGGAGGGCGGCGCGAGAACGCGAAGUUAUUCGCGCUUCGCGCUUCGCGGAGCGCGAAGCGCGAAGUUGGGAGCCCUAGCUCUUCGACGCACCCGAAGGCCUAGUACGACAUGUUUUUAGACCAGCCGAGUAUGGACUGCCUCAGGCAGACAUGCCAUGCUCUAAGAGCACUGGCGCACAAGCAGCCACAUGUCCUCCUGCUGCUUUCUUGGCGAGUGUACAGGCGGGCCAGGACACUUCGCCAGUGCUAGAACUUGCCACCUGAAGAAGGGAACACGGCAUGAGCAUCAACUUCCUUAAGUCAGCGAGGAUUUCUUGGAUCCACGCUGCGCUGGCAGCGCCGCCAGCGCCGCCCAGUGGCGCGCUCCGCGCGCCAAGGAGGGGGGGCCCAGCGCCGAUCCGAGAAGUCCGCGCGGAUCUUCGAAGCGGAUCGUGUCGCUUCUCCUUCUCUUUCCUCUUCUUCUUCUCCUUUCUCAUCUUCUUCUUCUUCUUCUGCUUCUUUGACCUCCCUCCGCGGCUCGUCCGCCCCGCCGCGGCGCGUGCAACGACCGCCAGCCCUGGCCGAGCCAGGCCGCGGGCGGCCGCGCGCGCGUGGCCGCGCUGGGGGAAGCGGGGGAUCCGUGACACGAUGCCCAGGGUCCGGGGGCUCUUGGCAGUGUUCGGCCCACCGAAGCCGCGCCGGCCAAGCCGGCGGCGAGGCGCGCGGUCGGCCGCCAGGCGGGGCGCGCCGGCCAGGCCAGCGGGGCGCCGUGGCGUGGAGGUCUCACAGCUGGCCAGGCGCUCCUCAGUUGCACGCUGCGGGGAAACUUCUGCUGCUGGCGAUCGCGGGGUCGCAGAGCUCGUGGCGGCACCGCUGCAUGUUGGCUGUGAUGAUGUGUGA